UCUUAAAACGAAAGGAAAAUAAAGGGUUUUAGGCUUCUCAUCUCUGUCUCUUCAUGGCCUCAGCUCUGCAACUCCAGCAGUCACAGUCCAACUUGUAAAAACCCUCCAGAAAUCUCCACAAUCUUGACCCUCAAUUACCCAAUUUUUUCCCAUCUCUGCCACUCAACAAAAAGCAAACAAAACGGCUUCCUGUAUAGUGAACAAUUCUAGCGGCAAGCUAGCUAGACUUGCAGAUAUCAUGGCUGCUAUCGGGAGUUUUUCUUCCACUUCACAAACUGCCGCUACCCCUUUUGGUAGUAGACCAAUUUGCCCUUCUUCUUCUUUUUGGUUUUCCUGGUUUGGUUCCCGUUCCAGGCACCACUUCUUUGCUUCUUCCCGAGCCUUGCAGAGGCGAGAAAUGUGGACAAUGCAGAGUGUUCACUGUGCUUUUCUCGGUGCGACCAUGACAAGUAGUUCCCGUCAUUACCAGCAUCCCAAAGAUAUGAAACUUAAGGUAGCUGCUUCUGAGUACGCUAGGAUGGUCUACCCUGAACCAGAUUGGCAUGUUUCGGAUAGCAAGUGCAAAAGAGUGAACAAUGACCACAGAAAGAAUGAGAACCCAGAAACUUAUGGAAACUCUAGAAUGGCUCCAUUUCGAGUGAAUGAUUUUAAUUUAACUCUGAAAAUUCCUAGCAUGGCCAAUGCUGAACGCUCAUGGGAAACAGAAGCUCGCAUGUUGAAGCAGAAUAAGGAGAUGGCGAAGGAGAGUUUUAAAGGUUGUAGUUCUUCCAAUUUCCAACAAUACUUAAAUGUGAAGCUUACUGGCUCACUAUUUAAAGAAACUAAUAAAGAAGGAUCAGUCUCCGGAAAUAGUGGGAAAAGUAUUACUCUUUUUGGGAGUCAUUGCCCAUUCCUACCUACCAGUAACGAUCAAAUGUCCAUAGAAAACAGUGUAGCUACUGAUGAAGUAAAUGGUCUUAAGCAGCUGAAAGGUUCUGGCAGGACUGUAGUUCCAAGUAAUGGAUCAUUUCCAGGGCUGGUUUUGGACGACCACCAAGAACUUGGAUCCAGUGGAGAUACUGUUUUUCGUUCUGAGGAUCAUUCUCCACGCCAUCCAUCUAGCACUAAACAAAUUUCUAGAGCGAAAAGUACAUCUACCAAAAGGAUAAAUGGUUCCAAGCAGUUAAAAGAUUCAAUUGGAGCAGAAGUUUCGGGUGAUGGCUUAUCAGAAGGGGCAAUUUCAGAUGACUUACAAGACAGAGGACAUAUGGAUCCUAACACAAUCACAACGGGAAAAACCAAUGGAAAUGGGGUUGCGAGCAUUGAAGAAACUGACCUAGUUUAUCAAGAUGAUAUUCACAAGCAGCUUGCUAGGAUUUAUGACAAGGUUCUUGUUGUAGAUAAUAUCUCUGCUGCAAAGGAAGUUGUUCUGUUGCUUACAACUAAAUACAGGCAUCUUGUUCAUGCAUGUGAUACUGAGGUUUCUAAUAUUGAUGUCAAGCAAGAGACGCCUGUUGAUCACGGUGAGAUAACAUGUUUCAGUAUUUAUUCCGGAGAAGAUGCAGAUUUUGGAAAUUGGAAAUCCUGUAUCUGGGUUGAUAUCCUAGAUGGUGGUGGCAAGGAUCUUCUGAAGGAAUUUGUGCCGUUUUUUGAAGACCAAUCCAUCAAAAAGGUGUGGCACAAUUAUAGCUUUGACAGUCAUGUUAUUCAUAACUAUGGGCUUGAGCUUUCUGGAUUUCAUGCUGACACAAUGCAUAUGGCACGGUUGUGGGACUCAUCGAGACGUACAACAGGUGGUUAUUCUCUUGAAGCACUUUCUGGUGAUUCAAAUGUGAUGCAAAGGACUAAAAUGCGCAGAGAAGAAAAGGAACUGAUUGGUAAAACAUCAAUGAAAACCAUUUUUGGCAAGAAAAAAGUUAAAAAAGAUGGAACAGAGGGAAAAAUGAUCACCAUUCCCCCUGUUGAACAGUUACAGCGGGAAGAACGCAAAUUAUGGAUUUGCUAUUCUGCCUUAGAUUCAAUAAGCACUCUGAGACUUUAUGAGAGCUUGAAAAACAAGCUAUCGAGCAUGUAUUGGGUAUUUGAUGGUAAACCGGUUCCUGGUAAGUCCAUGUAUAACUUCUACGAAGAGUAUUGGCAACCAUUUGGUGAGCUUCUUGUUAAAAUGGAACGUGAGGGUAUGUUGGUUGAUCGGACUUAUCUUGCUCAGCUAGAGAAGGUUGCUAAAGCCGAGCAAGUGAUUGCUGCUAAUAGGUUCCGCACAUGGGCAUCCAGAUAUUGUGAUGAUGCCAAGUAUAUGAAUGUCGGAAGUGAUACUCAGCUCCGCCAGCUUCUUUAUGGCGGUAUUCUUAACAGUAAGGAUCCAAAUGUGAGUCUUCCUGAUGAGAAGAUUUUCAAAGUUCCAAAUGUUGAUAAAGUGAUUGAAGAAGGCAAAAAGGCUCCUACAAAGUUUCGCAAUAUUAAGCUGCAUAGCAUUGGUGUUAAGCUCCCUGUUGAGAUUUACACUGCCACUGGUUGGCCCUCGGUUAGUGGUGUCGCUUUGAAGAGCUUAGCUGGCAAGGUUUCUGCUGAAUAUGAUUUUUCUGAGGCCACCAAUGAUGGUGAUAUUGAUGAUCUUCCGGAAACAAUGACUGAUGUUGAUACAUCUGAAUAUGGAACUGCUUUUGCUGCAUUUGAGGAUGAGGAAAAGGGGAGGGAGGCAUGCCAUGCUAUUGCUUCAUUAUGUGAAGUUUGCUCUAUUGAUUCGUUAAUAUCCAAUUUCAUUCUCCCGUUGCAGGGGAGUAAUGUGUCAGGUAAGAGUGGGCGUGUUCACUGUUCACUGAAUAUCAAUACAGAAACUGGGCGCUUAUCUGCAAGGAGACCAAAUUUGCAGAAUCAACCUGCACUAGAGAAGGAUCGGUAUAAGAUACGUCAGGCCUUUGUAGCUGCCCCGGGAAAUUCCCUUGUUGUGGCAGAUUAUGGGCAGCUGGAACUUAGGAUUCUUGCACAUCUGGCUAGCUGUAAAAGCAUGUUGGAUGCCUUCAAAGCUGGUGGAGACUUCCAUUCGAGGACUGCAAUGAACAUGUAUUCUCAUAUCCUUGAAGCUGUCGAAAAGGGGCACGUUCUUCUUGAGUGGCAUCCUCAACCUGGUGAAGAGAAACCACCAGUUCCACUUUUAAAGGAUGCCUUUGGUUCUGAAAGAAGAAAAGCGAAAAUGCUCAACUUUUCCAUUGCAUAUGGAAAAACUCCUGUGGGGCUUGCCAAGGAUUGGAAGGUUUCUGUUGAAGAAGCAAAGAACACAGUUGAUCUAUGGUACAGAGAAAGACAAGAAGUGCUUGAAUGGCAGAAAAAGCGUAAAUUUGAAGCUCAGAAAUUUGGUUGCGUUAAGACAUUGCUUGGAAGGGCUCGCCGCUUCCCAUCAUUUGCUCAGUGUACACGUGCUCAAAGAGGUCAUAUUGAACGGGCUGCUAUCAAUACUCCAGUGCAGGGGAGUGCUGCUGAUGUUGCAAUGUGUGCCAUGUUACAAAUAUCAACGAAUAAACGUCUAAAGGAGCUUGGUUGGAGGCUUCUUUUACAGGUUCAUGAUGAAGUAAUCUUGGAAGGACCAAGUGAUUCAGCCGAGAUUGCAAAAGCAAUUGUCGUUGACUGCAUGUCGAAACCCUUUGGCGGAAAGAACAUUCUUAAAGUUGACCUUGCUGUUGAUGCCAAGUGUGCCCAAAACUGGUAUGCUGCCAAAUAGACAUUGUUCUGGGAUCCGAACAAGUAAAUUUUGGUUUCAAAGACUUUCUUCCAAGAUGCUUUUUUUUUACCUUUGAAGAGGAAUAUCAGAGCUAGCAUAGCCCUCGGCUGCUGCAGUAUUUUAAUGUCUAAGGCUGUUCCUUGGGCAUUUCAUCUUCUGUUCAGUGAUGUAGCUGUUGGGGUUCUUUGCCAAUCCGGGGGUAUGCUUUGGGGCUUUAGUUGCAUUUCAAGGGCAUGGGUAUUGCAGCUGUAUAAAGAUUAUUGUUGUAUUAGUUAGUUCUUUGUAAAAUUCUGAUUACGCUGAUUCUUUUAUCCAAGUGAGAAAUGAAGGUAAGCUUGAUUCUGUUCCCUUU